AUGGCGUCAUUACAAGUGGAAGGUUCGAUGCUCGAGACGAGUUGUGGCUCUCCACAUUACGCUUGUCCGGAAGUUAUACGGGGCGAAAAGUACGAUGGUCGUAAAGCUGAUGUUUGGUCGUGUGGCGUUAUCCUUUAUGCUUUAUUAGUUGGUGCUUUGCCUUUUGAUGAUGAUAAUCUGCGCAAUCUGCUUGAAAAAGUCAAAAAAGGCGUCUUCCACAUCCCUCACUUCGUUCCAGCUGAUUGCCAAAAUCUUCUCAGGGCUAUGAUCGAGGUCGACCCGCAAAAGCGGCUUUCACUGGGCGAUGUGUUCAAACAUCCAUGGGUAGCUGGCAGCUCAAAAGCUGAACUUGAACUUGAGUUACCAAUGGCUCAAGUCGUACAGGAUAAAGAAAAAUUGGUCCGAGAGCUACUCUCCUCGAGGCAUAAUACCGAGAAAAUGGUUUACUUUUUGCUUUUGGAUCGGAAGAGGCGCAGACCAGCUCAUGAGGAUGAAACAGAGGUGAUCCUUCGCGGUUCCAAUCCCAGUCACGAUCCGCCAAGGAAGAGAACGGAUUCUUCAAGACCGUCUAGGUAUCCAGUUGGUUCAAUUAGCGAAGGAUCUCCAAUCAAUCCCCGGAAAACUUACGGGAGAUAUAGUCGUGGAAGGCAUUGCUCACUUGGAGGAUCGCCGAAUGGUUCGCCUCGUGAAUCAGUUAGUAGUGGUACUGAUACUUUAUCGUUUGCGUCGUCACGGCAGUCCGCCAAUACCGCUGCCCAGGUCGAAGACCGUGGCAGGAUAUCGGCUCGAGUCAACAACUAUCAUUAUUACACUCAGCCAGUGGAUCCAGAAACGCUUGCCGCUGCAGCAAGACGAGUUCGCACCAGUACUGAUGACAAGCAAUUACAGAAGAGUCCUCGGCAUUCACAGGCCGCUGCGAACAUGAUGCCAGAAGCGAGAAUCAGUUCAGCUUCGGGCUUGGGACCCGCAAAUACAUCCACAGGCAGUUUCAAUACGGGUGCAAUCAGCUCAUCGGGACCAUGGCGAAGACUGUCAAGCAUCAAGAACUCAUUUCUCGGGACUCCACGUUUUCAUCGCAGGAAGAUGAGCAGUGGAAGCAGUGGUACUGGUGAGAGCGAUUCCGAGGAAAACCAGGUGCUAGAGUCGUCUGAUUUGGUCAAAAAAUCCUGGUUUGGAUCGUUGGCAUCAAGCAUCAGUGUUGAACGGGACGAUGUUCAGAUUAUACCAGCGCAUGGGAAGUCAGUAAAUGCGAUAAAAGCGGAACUCAUUCGAGCAUUCCUGACGAUCCAUGAGCUGAGCCAUUCGGUUGUGGGCCAGAACUCAUUCCGUGUGGAGUACAAGAGAGGACCAACUGUUGGUGGAGGCGUUUUUUCAAGAGGUGUUAAAAUGCAAGUGGAUAUUGUGCAAGCUGCUCACACAGUUGCGUCCACAGAGGAUGCUCCAGUGUACGUUAUCCAGUUCGCGCUGCUUGCUGGCCCAAUCAGACGAUUCAGGAGGCUCGUUGAUCACUUAACUGCAAUUUUACAAGCUUUCCAACAAAGGUCCGAUAGGAGUGCAGCAUUGAUGGUGCGUCCUAGAAGGCUUUCCGAUUCAAGUGUCAGUAGUGCCUGCUCGGACUCGGAAUCGAACACGGCCGCAUCGAUACCACACGUUAGAAGUCAGACAGCGGAGCGAGUGGAGACAAAUUCAGCUCUGGAUAGCUACACUCUGCGAUCAGCGGGUGACGUGCGACAUGCACAACCUUCCAACAAUGAUUUGGUUUUCCAAAGACAUCGAGCAAGCGCGUUAGCAGCCUAUUUAAAGUCGCCGGUUCCUCGCCGACGCAAUCCGUCGCUGUUACUGGAUUCGAUUGGAACUCGAGUGAUGGCAGCAGGAUCCGGAUCCGAAGCAUCGUCACAAGGUGGGACGGCUCGGAAAGGUGCGCCCGGUGCUGAUGUUGCAGUAGCUGGAGAUACGAGUGAACACAGCGCAUCCACUCAGAGUAUGCACGCUUGCGGUGCUUCUGCUGAUGAACGUUCUCCUCCGAGUGCGCGGAACGCCGAAAGCCGAUCUCAGCCCGGUACACCCAAACAGCCGUUAGCACCCUCGUGGCGUCAACGAACUUCGCAAAUACCAAUCCUAAAAUCCGAAAAACUUUGA